AUGUCUGGGCCGAAGGGGACAGUCGUGGACCAUGUGGAGCACACCGCUAACAAAGACGCGACGGGUCAGGUCGGCCGGAUGCCGACUUUCCUGCUGAGUUUGACCGAAGAGGAAAGAGUACAGAUGGAAAAGAAGUUGGUGAGGAAGAUUGAUGCUCGGCUUUUGAUCAUGAUUGUUGUCAUGUAUAUUCUGAAUUAUUUGGAUCGCAAUAAUAUCGCGUCUGCGAAGCUUGCUGGGCUUGAUAUGGAUCUUAAUUUGAAGGGGGAUCAGUAUCAGACUACUGUCAGUAUUUUGUUUGUUGGAUAUCUGUUGAUGCAAGUCCCGUCGAAUAUGAUCCUGAACAAGUUCGGAAAACCGUCAAUCUACUUACCCGGAUGUAUGUUCGCAUGGGGUAUCAUCUCUUCGGCUACGGCUGCCACGACAAACUUCGCAGGACUCCUAGCUUGUCGAUUCUUUCUUGGAUUUGUUGAGGCGGCAUAUUUUCCGGGAUGCCUUUAUUUACUCUCAGCAUGGUACACACGCAAGGAGCUCGGGAAGAGAACUGCCCUCUUGUACUCGGGCUCCCUCCUGUCGGGAGCUUUCUCCGGGUUGAUUGCAGCGGGAAUCACGAACGGGCUGGCCGGAGCUCGAGGGAUCGCUGCGUGGAGGUGGCUGUUUAUCAUCGAAGGAGCCAUCACUGUCUUCGUCGCUCUGAUAUCCAUUUUCAUCAUUCCAGAUCUCCCACGAACAACCGCCUGGCUCAGCGAGCAAGAAAAGGAGCUAGCUGCCUGGAGACUAGAAGCCGAUAUUGGCGAAGACGACUGGGUUGACAGCCAGCAUCAAUCCAUGUUCCAUGGCGCGAAGCUUGCAUUUAAGGAUUAUAAGACAUGGCUCCUUCUCGGGGCGAUCUACGGCUGCACUUCUGCAGGAGCCGUCACGACCUUCUUCCCAAUUGUCAUGUCGGGUCUGGGAAAGAGCAGUGUCGUUACGCUCCUCCUAACUACACCUCCGUACCUAAUCGGAACAAUUGUUGUCUUAAUAAAUGCGUGGCAUGCCGACAAGACCGGCGAGCGAUAUCUCCACAUCGCAUUACCGCCAAUUAUUGCGAUCGUUGCCUUCAUCAUCGCAUUGGCAAAUACUUCAUUCGCGGCUCAAUAUGUCGCGAUGUGCCUCAUGAUCGGCGGAAUAUACGCAGGAUAUGUCGUACUACUAGGCUACGUCUCAAACGUACUCCCCCGCCCAGCCUCUAAACGAGCCGCAGCACUAGCCCUCAUUAACUGCCUAAGUAACGUCUGCCAGAUCUACACACCAUACCUCUACCCCGACUCCGCAAGCCCGAGAUUCGUCGCUGCUUUCUCACAUAACCUCACACUAUGCGCUGUGACGAUAAUUUUCGCGACUAUCAUCCGGAUCGUGCUUGGUCGCUUGAAUAAGCAGUUGGAUCAUGAGGAGGGGUUGGAUAUUGAUACGAGCGGAGCACAGGAGAAUGAGGAGCACGGGCUUCCUGGACGGGCUGUUACGCAGGGUUUCCGAUUCCUGUUGUAG